AUGAUGACAGGUGCCACCACCCAGGCCGCCUGUCACUGGAAGCCGGCUGCCUCCUAUCAGCAGCCUUUCAGAGCUGGCACGAGAGCCAGCCUUCGGGGCGUGGGGGAGUGUGCCCUGACGGGAGGCUGCCAACUCCACUCUGACACACAGCCCACACCUGGGGCCUGCAGGGACAGGGAGAAGACACUGUCUCGCUCUGCCGGGCAGCUGGCUGGACCCAAAAGAGGGCCUCAGGAGCUUGACAGGCACUGCCUGGAGAGGCUUGUGUCCUUUGAGAUGAGCGCCCCGUCCUGUGCUCCUUCAACCCACCUUUCAGACCGCAGCACGUGCACUCAGGCGACCCGCACCCCGCAGAGGGAGGUUCGGUGCGUCCUGAACGUCCCCGUGCACCGCCACCCCGCUGCAGGGGCGACUGGUGUGGAGGCUGCGGCCCCCUCCAGCGUGCGCCGCCUGCUGGGGAGCCCGGUGGCGCGGUCCGGACGGCCCGGGCGCCGCGCUCAGCCCCGCUGCUCGCAGCCUUUGUUCCCGCCGCCGCCGACGCCGCGCCGCGCGCGCCCCCUAGUGUGGACAGGCAGAACGUCCGGGCGCCUGCGACCCCGACCCUGCGCCCCGCUCGCCCGCGCCCUGGGCCUUGGGAGCCCCCAGCCCCACCCUGGGGCGGACAUGGAGACCCUGGAGAAAGGCCCCGGGUCGGUCUGGAAUCCAGAAGAGUGGGGUGUGCGGGAGAGGCAGGGCGACCUGGGGCCUGCACGGACCCCCGCCCCCCGGUCCCGCCCACAGGCUGGCGGUGACCCCCACUUGCCCGCCCUGCCGCCAGGGCUGCUGCCCAGAGAGAGAGGCUGGUGGGGCCCCACGGGGCCUGCUGGGGUCAGAUGCUUCUCAAGGAACAGCUCCAUCAAGGUGCAGAUUGUGUUGUGCUCAUGAAGUAUUGAGGCAAGAGGACCCUGAAUCCCAUCACCCAGAGGUAACCGUCUGGGGUUUCUGUCUUCUGAUGCCACACCACGCCAUGAGAAACUUCGUUUUAAUGGCCAUGGGGAGGCAUUACACGAUCACAGAGAACAGAGAGGAUACAGGACUCACCUGAGGUUUUGCACUUAGGGGUGGUGCAGAAGGACCUUUGAGCCAGGCCCGUGUGGCUGCAAACUACAUCGGGACUGCCCUGCUGGAAUUCUGAGAGAGAGAGGCUGGUUUUAUGCACAGACUCAAGAGGAACUGGAAUCCUCCUUUACUGCGUUAGAGGUCUGCAUUCCCACAUUGUAUUGCUUUCCUAGGAUUAA